ACCCGACCAUUUCCUCGCUCCUCUCUAGCAGAACCACACCUCGGGCAGGGGUUGAAGUUCCCAGGGAAAGUUUCCUCCUCCUUUUCGGGCACAGAGAGCCGGGAGAAAGCCCCGCUGGGAUCGGGCUGCGAGAAGGGGAAGGUGUGGCCAGCGCAGGGGACCUGAACGGUGACACACGACCCUGAGAGCUGAAGGGAAAGUGACCUUCCCCGUUUUUCCCUUGGAAUUUCCUUCCAGAGACCAACUACACUUGCUCCAUGGAGUGACUCAGAACUGGGCCUGGGCUGCCAUUUCUCUUGGGUGUAAACCCUCCCAGCUCGAGUGGGAGUGAAGCCGGGGGCCGGAGAGCCUUGACCACAUCUGGAAGUGAAGUGACCAGAAGGGGGGGAGGAGAAAGGAAAAACUGGAAGCCUCUGCAAAUAUGAGUGACUUUUGGCACAAGCUUGGCUGCUGCGUAGUAGAGAAACCACAACCGAAAAAGAAAAGGAGGCGAAUUGACCGCACUAUGAUAGGGGAGCCGAUGAACUUUGUACACCUGACGCACAUCGGAUCAGGUGAUAUGGCAGCUAACGAGGGCCGUCCCAUGACAGGCGCUGUUCAAGAGAUGAGAUCCAAAGGCGGACGGGAGAGACAAUGGAGUAGCUCCAGAGUUUUGUAGUUCUAGCAAUGGAGUGUAGCAACAGAGUGUUCCAGGCUAUGUCAACAGCCCACACUUGAAUUGCCUGUUUGCCAGACAGGUGGAAAUACAAAUAUCUAGCGCUUUAUUCACUCGAUAACUUAUGCAAACUGAUCCCAAACUUCAAUUUUUUUUUACGUUUUCUCAGCAUCUAAUAAGUUUUCAAUGAAAGUGCAAUGUGGGUUUUUUCUUUUUUUUAAUACUGAAAGUUCCCCUCCUAAUAGCUCCCCCUCAUGUGAAUCCCAGCAGCUUGUGUUUUUGCUGUUUGUUGUUGGGUUUUUUUCAGAGACCUCUAACUCUAUUCCUGAUUUUAAGCACAAAAAUAACAGCAAAGCACCCGGCUAUUCAACAGUGAAGAAUGGAAAGACCAGCCCAUGAAACUGUCAAAGCAUCGCUUGGUCUCACCUUCGGUGGGAGAGGAAAGGACACCGCUAAAAUAUGCGUUGGUCUUCAAGCUAUACGAUUUCCUCUCUGGAAUUUGAUCCAAUUCAGGGGCUGAUGAUCAGGAUUGCUGUCAGAGCAAAACACUCCCUUAACACCAACGUGUUCGGUUUAACUGGUCUUUAGUAGCUCCAGAAGAUAUUCAUGUCAGUGGCUCUAGGCAACUUAAUUAGCCAAGCUUUAAGAUGGGAAUAUUCAUGAGCAAUGGAGGGUCUAGUUGUUAGGGAGCGGAACUCCUGAGUGCUAGUCCUGCCUUUGAUGCAGAUUACUCUUGCAGCUUGGUCUUAAGUGCUUUCCUGAGUCAAGGCCUUAGGCCUACAUUUUAAAAGGUCUCCACUCAUUUUGGGUGCCCAACUUGAAGGCCCCUCAGGGGCUUAUUUUCACAGGUGCCAAGCUUCUGGAGUUUGGGCGUGUGGCCCAGCUGAAAAUCAGGCUCUUGGUAUUGCAAGUUGAGCACCCAAAAUUAGCAGAUUAUUUUCAAAAGGGUGGCUUCCCUGCCUCAGUUUCCCCAGCUUGUAACAACGUGCCUACCUCACAGGAAUGUUGUGAGGAUUAGCAUUCUGCAAAGAGCUGUUUGUGCUAUAUAACAGGACUAUUAGAAGAACUGGAUUUAUCCAGUAGUCUUGAUGCUUCUUCAGGUGCAUGAUGAAAUGCACAACACAGCGAUCAAUAGCGUACUUAGGACAUGUUAAUGGCCAAGAUCUUCAGGGCCUCCAUUUGGAGACAUCUUAAUGUGGCUUGAUUUUCAGAAAGUGAGGUGCACCCCUGAAAAACAGCCCCUCUAAAGUCCCAAGUCACUUUUGAACAACUUUGGCCUGCAGCUUUCAGACUUGUCUCAUGCAGUGUGUGGAACACUUUUCCGUGACUAGACCAGUCCUGUAAGAGGUGGUGCUAUAAACUACUGUCAUAGUUGAAAGGGGAUCUUCCUCCAUAUUUCUGUUGGAGAUGCCAGUGUGGUACAAACACACACAUGCGUGGUUUUUCAGUUUUGGUUUUAAGAUGGAAAACUAGUUUAGAAGAGUCCUCAGCUAUAUCUCCGCUAUCCUGUCCCAAUAAUGCAUAAAUAGACAAUGGUCCCGGAGACACAUUCCUAAAGGUGAAUCACCUAGCAAAGAUCACCCCGGAAACACAUCUGAAGAAUGACGGUUACUACCUAUUUCGGACUGAGAUGUCCUCCAGGAGAGAGCAUCGAUCUUCGUGAACCUGUACCUGCAAUACAUUUCCUCUCCAAUGUACCCAUGCCAGCAGGAACUGGUCCCAUCCAAAGUCACUGUGGAUACAGUCAUUGUUCUCUUAAGGCCCAGUCCAAAGCCUGUUGAUGGAAAGAAUAGCAUUGGCUUCAAGGAGCUAUGGAGCAGGCCUAUAAUAUGUGACCAUAAAGUUUUCAAUAAUAAGAAGUGGGGGCCUGAGAGAUAAGGCAGACACCACCUGCUGUGACGAUUCUGACACAUCCACAGCCAGGGGGAAUAAGGGUGCUUUGAGGGUGACUCACUCUGCAUUCCCAGAGCAUAUUUCACUUAGUCUCCUCAAAGUGUUUGUCUCUGGAUCUCUCCCCUACAUCCACCUUUGAAACUAGUCGCCUGGUACAUUUCCCAGAAGAGCAAGCAGCUGAUUUUUCUUUUAUCUAUGGGGGGCACUGCUCCCCACUACCCAUGGCUUACAGGCAAUGGGCUCGAUUCAUCUCCUUACUGGAGUAACUCCCAUUGAGCUCAGUGCAAUAACUCUUGAUUUAUGACCAUACAUGUGAGAGCAGGAGCUGCCCAGGGUGUAAGCCGGCAGAGAAUUUGGGCCAUAGCUUUACAAAGCAGGAUGUCUCCCAUAAGGUGAAGGACUAAAUCUUGGAACAGCAAAUGAAUUAUUGGGGCCUGAUUGGAUGUGCAGCUAACAGUCACUACAGCUCUGUUUCAGGAUUCCCAUCAAAGACAGUGCAGUCAGUUAUUGCUACAGUGGACAAGAGCUGCUAUGGUUGGUACAGAGUACAAACAUCAUGUGGUUUACCAAGUGGCUUGGAUUGAGGAGUAUCCAAGGCCUGCAGAGCUUGCUAGCCCCACCUUUAAACAGCCUUGUUUUGUGAAGGGCCGGAUGGCUUGGAGGAUCUGGUAAGGAGAUACAGCGCUUUUUAAAUUCUAGGCUGCUCCUGCAAAUUCAGCCCAUAUCAGUAGCCACGGAAAGCUAUCGUUAGCCAUCUGACAGCUGUUUGGUGAGUCUCCGCCUCAGUGACACACAAGCUGCUAUUGCGAUCGCUGGUAGUCUCUACGGCAAGGCCCAGGUUUGGAUGCGCUAUGGCAACUGGAUUCCCCUCUGGAGCAGAGUGAAAGACGCUAGCUGGGCUAUGUGUUGUGGAAAGCUUGCUUUGCUACUGCCCCAGCGGGAGGGAAGAUGUUGGUCUCCAAAGGUCUCAGUCUGGUGCCUUUUAUCAGCAUUAAAUUCACCCCAAAAUUAGGAAAAAUAAUGUGUCAGGAACUGUAGGCACUCACAGUUGACUUAAUGUUUCAUAUUGUAUGUCCCAACAUGCUUGUGGAUUAGUAAAUUGCAACCACACCUCUUUUGUGUAUCAUUGCUUAGCUAUAUACAUGCACACUGUGGUCAAAAGUGAGACGGAAACUGUGUAUUGCAGUCUCUGUUUCUGCUUCACGUGCUAGGCUCUUCUUGCCAGUUUUAUGAAAAAUUUUAGGCCUCAUUUGCAUUGAAAGCAGAAGAUAUUCUGGAUGAAGCUGUGAAAGCUGACCUAUGGAGCUAAAUCAGUUCUUCUGCAGAAAGCUAGUCCAUGCUCUUCCACUUGUUUUCCUCCUGUAGCAUGUUGCUUUCCUUGGUAUUUUACCUAUGAACUGCAGAUGCUGAUUCAGUUUUUCCAAAACCUGAUACUAAAACCUUUUUGUGCUAUCCUGAGGGUGUGUGUCUUUAGAACUGCCAAAUGCAUUUGUUGACAUAGAACAGUUUGUCAAAAGGAGGAUGCUGCCAUUCUUUCUAUGAGCACAUACUGAGGUAGGGGUGUGUGGGUGGGGGGGGGCGGGGAGGGGUGUUUAAAUGGUUUGCCCUGAACUGGAGUCUGUUUGAUGUACAGUUAAGAUCCUGAUAGUCUCUGCAUUUUAUUUUUUUUAGUCCUGUUUGUACAUUGAAAGCUAGAAACUUACAUAAAACUACUGUUUAGCUCAGGCUCUGAAGGCCUGUUUCAAAAGCAUCUUGUUUGCUUGCUACUGUUCCUACAAAGUGAAAGGGCAUUAUUGGUCAGCAUGCCAGGUUCCAGGCAGAGGAACAAGCACUCUUCUUUUAGAUGAGUGGAAAUGCACAGUGCCUCCAUCUAACUCAGUGGAAAUUCAGAAUAACACCGCUGGCAACACUGAAUUUACACUAGUUUAAAUGAGGGCAGAACCUGGCCUUGAAUUGGUGACAUUUCACACAACAGAGUAGGAAACACCAUUUUGUUUGUUGCAAAAUGCACAUCUAUUUUUUUUGCAAGCUUUCAGAAAAAGAUUUUUAAUUGCCAGUUGCAACCUGAUCUUGAGCACACAGGCACAAAUCUGGCAUCUGACUCCAGAAGAGUUGCUCCAGGUAUCCCUGCUGACAGAAAUCAAAUGUGACCCUGUGACUUUUUUAAAAAAAUCACUGUCAGGUUAAAUCAUAUUUUAAAACCUCACAAAAUAAAUUUCUGUAUUGUUAGAUGAUUGUAACUGGGGAAAAAAAAUUAAAAGUCAAGUUCACGUUUCACUAUUUAUGUAGUUUUGAUUACUUUGUAUGUUUCUCUCAGCUUUGACAGUGGAAAUAAGUCAUUUUCCCCUUUUUGGUUUCUAGUCAGUUUCAGUUUUAUGUUCACCACCACUGCAGUGUUUUUGCAACCCAAAUGCUGCAGGGGGAUGUAAUGCUUGUGUGGUGUUUUUUGUUUCUAAAUUGUUUCAAUUUUUAAAAUUUUAUUUUCUACCUAUAAGUGGAUAUUGGUUUAUAAAAGCUUGUUUUUAAACAAAACGUGAGUUUUGGAUCCCAGUUUGACCUGACAGGUUGCUAUUAAAUGAAAAUCAUCCCUUCCCUACUGACCUCUCUGGUCUGUGGUAUCAGUGCAAAACCCUUUCUUCCCAUGCUCUGCAUGUCUGUUUGCACUGAAAAACAAAAUAAAGACCAACAUUCUGCAGUCCUUAAUCAAAGCAAACUUCCACUGACGUUAACAAGCACCCUGCUCUUACUGGAGUCAAGGGCCAAGUGUGAUACACUUAUUUUAAGGCCCUGAUCCUGCCCCAUCAAAGUCAAUGGGAGUCUUGCCACAGGGAACAAGCUUUGGCACUAAGGCCUGAAGCCACAGGAGGGGCCUGAUUCUCUGUUGUCCUGCAUGUUAUGUGCUCAUUUACAUGAAUGCAAACAUUGCCAAACAGACUGGCAGUGACUUUACAUGCUUUAAAUAACUGUACAUCGUGCAGGAUGAUGGAGAAUGAACAGGACAUUUCUUCGCACAUGACUAGGAGGCAGCAAGGAACCUGUACUUGUGCAUUUAUUUAUCCUCAAGAGUUUCCUAAUGAGCAGAAGCAAUUAGGGCAAAUCAAAUGCAAAAGAGAGAUCUGGAACAGUCUUAGGCAGGUUAAAAUAAUCCUGAAAAACAACCAUCUCAUUCAAUGCUGCAGAAGCCUGAUGGCUUUCUCUGCUCUACCAAAUCCUCUUGCUGCUGAGAGUUCUGGCAAAGGCCAUUUCUUUUACUGCCUGGCUGUUUUAGAGAACUGGGUCCUGGCCCUCCAUCACUUGAGUGCCUCAAAUUCCCAUGGAAAUUUGGGGUGUGCAAGAAAUGAAGGAUCUGUGGAUUUUUUUUAUUUAAGGCACAAGCAAAAAAAAAUAUGGCAGAAUGGGUAAGGAGGAGGGAAUCUGUUCAAAUGCUUUGCUGAAUGAACUCACUCAGUCAUCAUACAUUUGGAAAAGAUCACCUGUUGGCAAAGAGGUUUAAAAAAAAGCACAGAACUUAUAGCAAGAAUCUGGCUCAGUUUUCCAAUAACUUGAUUUUUAAAUAAGUAAAAUUCUAGCUCCUGCACAAACUAUGGAUUUCACAGCUGGUCUGUUGAAAACAACCACUCUGAUAGAAUAGCUGGGCUAUUCUGAUGUUGUUACCUAAACAUUUUUUUUUUUAAGCAAGAAAUGCAUUGCGUAUAAAAAGGUAUCACUGUGCUAAAGAAACUUAGCAGUGGGAGGCCAUAGCGCUAGCUAUCUGGUGGAUCCCUCUUACAAUAAAUCCAAAUACACUGAAAUGUAUUUAUCAUAAUAAUCUCUGCUGUACUGAGACACUGUUGUAGAGAAUUUACAAUUAUAUUCUGCUGUGCAAAAGGGUUUUAUGGGGGUGGGGGAGUGUCUGUGGAACAGCUGUAGAGAAAUAUCCUUCUUUCUCUUUUACACACCUUAGCUUUUCCUACACAGUGUGUGUUGAAAAUAAAAUAAGUCAAAGAUUUUGUGUGACUACUUGAAUGAAAA